AUCUUUCAUUGUAUCUCUACAGAUGUGUUAAAAUAAUUGAUUUCUUUAGGCUACACAUACUUUUACUUUAACACUUCUUAAUUGUUUGUACUUUUACUUUAGUGAAAUCUUGAAUAGGCCUUUUACUCGUAACAGAGUAUUUGUACAGAGCAAUACUACUCUGAAUACUUCCUCCACCACUGCUAAUUUGUAUCCGUAGAGAUGUGUUGAAUUGAUUUUCGGCAGUUUGGUUAUUUGAAGAUACAUCUUGGGACCAUGAAACACAGUAGUUGAGUCGUUUACACACUAGGUGGCAUUAUUUCACUCUCUGCAGUGCAUUCAAAAGAGAACUGAAUUCCUAAGUCCUAAAGACAAGCUUGUUUUUUUGACAAUAUUUUAAUUUCAUCAAAUACAUGAAGAGUUGGUUCGUUACUUUGUUAACUUGAAUUAACUAGCGAUGACUAAAAUGGAGUGAAAGAGUAUGAAAGCAUGCAGAUGUCCUGCAAUGCUUUCUGGCACAAUAUUCAGAGUUUCAACAUUUAGCAAUGACGGUCAUUGGCUCCGACCUGUUGCAAUGACUUUGUCAGUCUUAUAUAAAUGACCAGAACGGUGCUGUUUCACAACUGGAAUCCUUAUCUACUCGGAUGAUAUCUGAAAUGUUUCAAUGCUGAUUGUACUUAACGACCAUUUAAAAUAGUUUUCUCUUUUAUUCCAGCAAAUACGAGAUGAGUGUCCAAGAGGGUUCGGUUAAGAGCAGUGGUGUUGCAGUCAUGGAUGGUAGAGCUGAGAUCAUCUCUACCCAAAAGGCACCGUCAGACUCCACAAAUGUAAAGACUCACCCCACCCUCAUCCUCAAUGGAGAAGCCACCACAGCUGAGCUCUGUGCAACAUCUGAGCUGGAGGAAGCCACUGAAGGACUUUCACUAGAAGAGCCCAAGGCAGUUCCCUUGUUGAGGGCGAACGGGGCACCUCUGGCCCCAGCGGACCAGCUAUGGAGCAGCAGCAGACACAAGGCAGUCAGGCUGAGGAUGGAGGGCUCGGGCCCGGCCUCAGAGACUCCCAUCACUGUCCAUCAGCUGUUUCUGGAGACGGUGGAAGCGUACGGGGAUCAUCCAGCCUUGGUUUCCAAAAAAGAGGGCCAGUGGGUGACCCUGACAUGGAGGCAAUACUAUGAGCAGUGCCGGGCAGCAGCUAAAAGUUUCCUCAAG